ACAAAACAUUACCCACUGCUCUGUUUCCCUGAUCCCGGUCCCGGACCUUUUCUGCGGUUUCCUGUCGCUUUCCUCCCUUUGCGGGACUUCCUGACAUAAAACGCACUUCUUGUGAUGGCUGACGUGGACGAGACGGGCUUGUCCCUGAUGAGUCUGGAGGAUGAGCUGACCUGCAGCAUCUGUCUCAGUACCUUCGACUGUCCGGUCACCAUCCCCUGCGGACACAACUUCUGCCAGGACUGCCUGCUGGCCACCUGGAGGGAUUCCAACACCUGCCCCCAGUGCAGGACCCCCUUCGACAUCAAGCCGGAGCUGAAGAAAAACACGGUCCUCAGCACCGUGGUGGAGACCCUGGGCUUGAGGACCAUCCAGAGGGACAGCAGUCCGCUUCUGGAGGAGACCCAGCCCCGGGAGAAGGAUGUCAUCCGCUGCGACACCUGCAUGGAGGCGGAGGCGGCGCAGACCUGCCUCACCUGCAUGGCCUCUUUCUGCGAGCAGCACCUGCGGCCGCACCGGGACAACCCCAUCUUCCGGGUCCACCAGCUGAGCGACCCUGUGGGAGAUCUGUCGCAGCAUGUCUGCUCCGACCACCACAAGCUGAUGGAGCACUUCUGCACCCAACACGACCGCCUGAUCUGCAGCCUCUGCCUCCAGCAGGUCCACAAAGGAUGCUCCUUCACCUCCCCGGAGGAGCAGAGGAGCGUGAAAGAGAAUGACUUUAUAGAGAAGUUGGGUUUACUCGAAGGGAAGAUUGAGAGGACUGAUGAUGUUCUCUUCCAAAUGAAUGACAUGCAGAGCAAACUCAAGGACGCAGCUAACAAAAAGAAGACAGCACUGGCCGCUGUGUAUCAGCAGAUGAGAGACAUGUUGGCUCAGGAUGAACAUGCGGCUCAACACGAGGUGGACUGCGAGCUGGAGGUCGGUCAGAUGAAACUUCGGGACUUCAUGAAGAGAUUCACUGAGAACAGCGAGAGGAUGAAAAAGGCCAGAGAGGACGUCACCAGUCUGCUGAGUCAGUCCCAAAGCCCGGCGUUUCUGCAGGCUUCAGUGGAAUUGCCAAAGGUCGUUAAGUUCGAGCCUCACGCACCUCGAGUCCACCUGGACUCCAGAAAGGUGAUGGCGACACAGAGCUUCUCUGCAACCCUGAAAGAGAAUCUGCAGGAGAUCCUGGCUCAGCCCUUUGAGGCCAGAUUACCAUUACUUCAGUCAGGUGAAAAAGAAGGCUUUUCCUCAUCUACUGCAUCAACUGAAGGUGCUGCAUCCCAGCCAGAAUCCUCAUCUGCCGCAGACCAGACACGCCAAGCCAGGUCCAAAAGUCCUGCUCCUCCAAUCAUUCAGCCCAUCUACCAGCCGGUUCACGUACCCUUCUACAUCCAGUCACAGCCAUCGUACCACCCGCAGUUUCCUCGGGGCCAGUCCCAUGGCUUUUCCGGGGGUCGUCCAUUUUUCACCGGAGAGAAAGCGCAUAAGAAGAGUGAUGGUGGCCAUCAACCUUUCCACAACAAGAAGAGUGACGGUGGCCACCAACCCUUCCACAAGCAAGACAGAAAGGGAGCCGGUACUCCAGGACACAAGCCACACGCACCAGGAUCUGAUUCCACCAAGAAAGAUAAACCCAAGAGUCACCCGCCCUCACACAAACCCGCUGGCCACCACCCACACCCUAAAAAAAACAAAUAGGAGCGGCGGUAUUUGUAUUUGUAUUUGCGUCAGCACACCUGAUACAAAAAGGAAUUAGGUAUCAUUAAAGUAUCACAUGAUGGAUAAUCCUGCUUGACAGGUGAUUCCACCGCUUAAACUGUUUGCUUAAAGGAUCUACUCAUACGGAUUACUCAUAAAUACACACCUGUUCGUUGAUAUGUUUAGAUGUUUUAUUUUGUUCCAUUAUGAGGUCGGAUGUAAAUCUACAUUUUCCAACUUUUCUUCUUUUCAAGCAGACCUAACACUUGUUAAUAAAAAAUAAGAAAAACAGGCUCAGAUUUGUCAUUUUCAAGUGUCAUUCUUCAGUUAAGAAAUCAGUAGAUUGAACCUUGAAUGUUGUCUGUUUUGUCAGAGUCCUGGUUGUUAGCAUGAGGGAAGGACUUUAGCAGGUGCAGAAAUGUAAAGCCUUGAACCUCCUCUCCAGCUCCAGUGUUUGCUUGGAUCCUUGUAUUUCUUUUUCCUGGAUGUUUCCCAUCUUCCUGUCUCACAAAUUGGAAUUAAAAUGGAUUUUGUGUCUA